GCAAGGAGUAAGGGCCUCCUUCUUCCAAACUGUACAGUAUAAAUACAGGACCCUCGCCUCCGUUCACUCCGAGCUACCAUUAAGAUCAAAACCCCUCAAAAUUUCCUGCAAGAACUGCUAGAUAGCCGGUAAAUCAUCAAAGAUGGGCGGCAGCAAUGCUGUCAGCAACACCGUCGCCGGCGGAGGAAGCGGCAGAAAACUCCUGGAGAUUCUCAACGUCAGGGUAAUCGGUAGUGGCGAGAAGGUGGUGGUCCUCUCCCACGGCUUCGGAACCGACCAAUCAGCCUGGAACAGAAUCAUCCCCUUCCUUCAACGCGACCAUCGCAUCGUCCUCUACGAUCUUGUCUGCGCCGGCAGCGUCAACCCCGACCACUUCGACUUCCGCCGAUACACCACCCUCGAUGCCUACGCCGAUGAUCUCAUCCUCAUCAUCGAAUCCCUGAAUAUCAACUGCUGCUUCUUCGUCGGCCAUUCCGUCUCCGCCAUGAUCGGCAUCCUCGCCGCUAUACGACGCCCGGAUCUCUUUCUCAAACUCGUCCUCAUCGGCGCCUCCCCGCGGUUUUUGAACGAUCGUGAUUACCACGGGGGUUUUGACCAAGGGGAUGCCGAGCAAGUGUUCGAAGCGAUGGAGGCGAACUACGAUGCGUGGGUGAGGGGAUACGCUCCGCUAGCCGUCGGAGCUGAUGUUCCGGCGGCGGUGAGGGAGUUUAGCCGCACGCUAUUCAACAUGCGACCGGACAUCACUCUGUUCGUCUCUAAAUCGGUGUUCAGUACUGAUCUGCGAGGCGUGCUAGGGCUCGUGCGCGUACCCUGCUGCAUCGUCCAGACUUCUCGCGACCAGUCUGUACCAAUCUCGGUUGUCGCUCACCUCAAAGCUCAUCUCGGCGGCCGCACCACCGUCGAGAUUCUCAAUACCGAAGGUCAUCUUCCUCAUCUCUCCGCCCCUGCCCUUCUAGCUCCCGUUCUCCGCCGUGCUCUGUCACGCUGAUUUCAAAACCACCAUCUCUCCGGCGAUCGAUCUAAUCCGGAAGCCAUGAAGUACUUCUAACGAAUUAAUGGCGUAACAAUGAAUGGUUUUUCUAUAUCUGUGAUGAUUGUUAAUUCAUAACUCUACUUAAUGAUUAAGUGCCUUAUCAUUAUCCUCAUCAUUAUC